AUGGCCACUCCCCCUUUCAAAGUUCGUGCUGUCUACGAAUACGCCUCUGACUAUCCCGACGAUUUGGUCUUUGACGCUGACCAAAUAAUAACUGUCACCUCCAUUGAAGACGACGAAUGGUAUGCUGGAACUUAUACAGGCAAGAAUGGCCAGCCUUUAGAAGGCAUUUUCCCCAAAAAUUUCGUU